AUGUUGAAACGGUUGGUUGGAAGUAGUAGUAGUAGUAGUAGUAAAUCAAAGGAGAAAGAAUUGCUUAAAAAGAAGAAGAAGACUAAGGAAGAUGACCGAACCAACAAUAUAUCCAAGAAAAUAUCAUCACAUAAUAGAAGUCGAAGUAGUAGUAAUGCUGAUCUUACAACAACAAAUAAACAUACAUCUACAUAUGUGAUCAAUUCAAAACCUAGAACUUUAAAGACUUCAAGAAAUGUCUUGAAUGAGGUUAAUAAUACAAGUAAAUCUUCACAUCUGUCUUCUCAUUCACAUUCACAUUAUAAUGAUACAAAUAUAACUAUGGAUCAACAACCACCUACUAUAGAUGAAAAUGUAAUUAAUAAUUUUAAUGGUGAUGAUGGUAAUUAUACAACUUUACCUGAAAAGAGUAAUAAUUUUAAUAACCACCACCAUCAUCAUCAGCACCAUCAUCAUCAUUAUCAGCACCAGCAAGAUUCUGAUUUCAAUAGUAGAACAAUUAGUGAUAUUGGCGUGACACCUCCUGGGAGUGAUACACCAAAAGAAACGUUUGCUGAAAAUGAAGAAGAUGAAUAUGGCACAAAUUCGAAAAAAGUCAAUGAUAUUGAAAGAGAGUUAUUGUUUCCAACUCCUACUGAUUUGUUGCCAUUUGGUGAUGGAUCCAAUAAAGUUUUUGGAUAUGAGAACUUCGGUAAUACAUGUUAUUGUAAUUCGGUAUUACAAUGCCUGUAUCAUUUAGAUAAUAUAAGGGAUAUCAUUUUGAAAUACCCAAUGAAGGAUCCAGGUAUUGAAAGAAGAAGGAAAUUUAAAACUGUUGGUAAUACACCAAGAAUAUUCACAAGAGAAAGUUUCGAACCCCCAGGAAGUACUACCAAUAAUAAUAGUAAUAAUUCUUCUAAUAAUAGUUCGAAAUUAAGUGGUGAUGAAAUUUAUUAUAAUGAUUCAGAGGCACAACUAGAUCAACCAGAUAAUGAAAUGUCAAGUACAAAAUUGAAAGAAAAAGAUUCACAUAAGAAAACAUCAUUUAAACAAACAUUAAGUAAAUAUGGUUCAGAGGCCGGAUUAUCAAAUAACCUAUUACUUGACACAGCAUCAUUUUCAUCAAGGAAGAAAGACGAUAAACAACAAACAAAUAAUGGGAAACCAGUUCCAAUACAUACUGUCAUUAUGUCGUCUGAUUCAAUGACUGAAAAAUUACAUGAUGGUUGUAAGACAAUUAUUGUUGGUAGAAGGGAAAAAAAUAACAAAAUUUAUGAUAAGAUUGGUAGAUCAACAAAGUCUCGUUCUGCACCUACAAGUCCCACGUUGAAUUCUAGUAAAAGAACAGAUUUUGCAUUAUUAAAUAAAGACCAAAAUUUACCUUACUCAAGUGAACAAAGAAAGAAAACCGCAUUGAUUAAGGGACCAGUUCUUCAUAUUGAUCAUAUGAUUAAUGUGUCAGCCAAGCCCAACCUUUAUAACACUUUAAAAGAUAUUUUUGAAUGUAUCAAUGAAAAUGAAAAUCUAACAGGUGUUGUGUCACCAACAAAAUUCGUUAAAACUCUUAAAAGAAAUAACGUUUUGUUUAACUCUUCGAUGCAACAGGACGCUCAUGAAUUUUUGAAUUUCUUGUUAAAUGAUCUUAAUGAAUAUCUAAGUUAUCAAGCAAGUAGCGUGCCAUCGAAUAUUAAAAAUACAGUGAUUGAGCAAUUUCAAGGAACUCUAAGUAAUAGAUCUAAAUGUCUGACGUGUGAUACAGUAACUGCGAGUGAAGAGCCAUUCCUUGACUUCCCAAUAGAGAUUAAGGACAACGAAAGUAUAGACAUCCAAGAGAUUUUACGUCAUUAUCAUCAAAGGGAAAUUCUGAAUGGGUCCAAUAAAUUUUAUUGUAAUCGAUGUUAUGGACUUCAAGAAGCCGAAAGGUUAAUUGGAUUAAAGAAGCUACCAACUACAUUGGCUAUUAAUUUAAAGAGAUUUAAAUACGUUGAAGAACAAAAUGCAAACGUUAAGUUAUUUAAUAAAAUUUCAUACCCUGCAAAACUCUCAGUUGAAUCGACUUUUAAUUCUGAAAUUUCAAAGGAAUACGAAUUAACUGGAGUUGUUAUUCAUCUUGGUGGGAGCCCUCAGCAUGGCCAUUACGUCUCCUUAUGUAAGAGUAAAUUAUUUGGAUGGUUACUCUUUGAUGAUGAAACAGUUGAAUCGGUAGAUGAAGCUACUGUUCUUAGAUUUACUGGUGACUCUAAAGAUCAAAGUACCGCGUACGUCCUAUUUUAUCAGGAAAUCAAAUCCGAUAUAAAUAGAGACGUUAGUUCAUCAAACCCAAAUAUUGAACUCCCUAUAUCCAAUGGUUCAGAUAGCAAUAACUCUGAAGAGAAUGUUUCUCAGCUAAUAAAAUAUGACGAUUUGGUACGAGAAACUAAACGUAGAGAGAAAAUUCGACUACAGCAACAACAGCAUUUAAUGAAUAGGGGAAAUAGCCCAAGGGAUGACCAUGGAACUGGAAGUAAAGUGAAAGAAAGAACUAAAAAGAGUAAUAGUUCCACUAAUAAAUCGAAACGAAGAUCUAAAAUUUUAAGUUUCAUUAAGAGCUGA